CUCUCACAAAAAAGUAAAAAAAGCCAAAAAAGCCAAAAGCCCUUCCCAAAUCAGGCCUUUUAGCCUCAGGUUAAAAUAGCCAAAAAGGCCAAAAAGCCAACUCACUUUCCAAAUGGAGGCUAAUUGUUGCUUCACUAGUAGCCCCCAAAUCUUCUUCUAGUUGUGCGCGUGUGCAUGCAAAAGAGAAGAAGAAAGGAAGGGUAUAGACAUCUUUUCAUGGCUAAUGUUGAUGGAGUUGGUGUACAUUUUAGCCCAAAACCUUGUGGUAGUAAUUGGCUAUUUUUAAAAGACAAUGAGGUAAAGUGCUCUAGGCCCAUACAGCUAGAGGGUAAAGUGGAUUUUUCCCUAUUAACAUAUUUUCUUGAGGGUAAUGAUUUAUGGAAGUCCUUUGUCAUAUUAUUGGAGAAGUGAAUAAUAUUAGAUUGUGUGAAAAAUACACUCGACUGGUUUGAUUUCUUUGUGAAAGCAAUUUACUGAUAUAACUUACAUUGUUAACCCAAAAAAGCCUUUGCAUUUUUAUUUAUUUUUUUUGAAAUUUGAGUCAUUAGCUUGUUAGAAUUAUUUGAUUUUUCACAUUUCAUUUUAUUUUAUUAUUUUAUUUUAUUUUUGUUUGGAAUGAGUGUCAGGUUUGGCUUGUGAAUGGCUAAAGUAAACAAGGUGCGGCGGAAGUCCAAUUCUCCAUGUCUUAACGUUUUGACAGAUGUCCGUCAAAAGAAGAAAGGUUCAAAAGCACUGAAGAAUAAAGAGUGGGAGGAUACAACUUGCUCGGUUUGUAUGGAGUACCCUCACAAUGCCGUCCUCCUCCUCUGCUCUUCUUACAACAAGGGUUGCCGUCCAUAUAUGUGUGCGACUAGCAACCGCUAUUCCAACUGUCUUGAACAGUACAAGAAAGCUUAUACUAAAGUCACUUCAACCCAUAUGGCAGAACCAUUGCAUGGCCUCACAGAUGAUUUGGGUUUCAGUCCUGGGAUGGGUUGUGUCAAUAACGAAAAGAAGGAAGUAUCAGAGCUUUUGUGUCCGCUUUGCAGGUGUCAGGUGAAAGGUUGGACGGUGGUUGAACUGGCACGCAAGUAUUUUAAUACCAAGAAGAGAACCUGUAUGCAAGACAACUGCUCGUUUGUUGGAACUUACAAACAACUGAGGAAGCACGUAAGGGCACAACACCCUUGGGCGCGUCCAAGGGAAGUGGACCCCUCACUUGCUGAGAAAUGGAAAAGGCUUGAGCGUGAGAGAGAACGAGAAGACGUGAUCAGCACGAUUAGAUCGUCUACACCGGGGGCAAUUGUAAUGGGUGAUUAUGUAAUAGAGAGGAACUACCGCAGUGCCUCUUCUGGGGACUAUGACAUGGAUGACUAUCUGGGUGAUGCUAUUUUCAGGUUGGAAUCUUGGGAUGGGGAAGAUGAUGAGAUGCAUCGAGAUGGAACUGCAGCUGUGUCGGGUCAUUUUGGCAAUAAUUAUAUUUCUCGCUUGACUGGCUAUCGUGGAUUGGUGAUGAGGAGGACUACAGGGAGGUUGAGGGGGCAGACGCACAGAGCAGCUAACGGGAGGUAGAUAACUUACAUGACUACAAAUUAGUGCCAAGUUUUGUGAAUUAUUUUAGAUUGCUUUCGUGACAGUUAUUGUCUGGUUGUUUUCGUAGAUUAGGUCUCAUUUAAAUAUUAUGCAUAGUGGUCAUUCAAACAGGACAAAAUGAUAGUGUACUUCUGAUAUUUGUCUCUGAACAUGUCUUUGCUUUGUGUGUUGCUUCGCUUCGCUUCAUGUUCUAUGAAUCAUGGUUCUCAUGAUGAUUUCUUCAUGUACAGCUUGAAUAAUAUUGGGAAAGGAUUUCCAUAUAAAGAA